ACUAAACCCUAGAGAUCCUUUAAACCCAGCUCUUUAAGAGCAAGAGGGAGUCCAUCGGAAAGCAUUUCUCUUCGAUUCCGCCAUGGGUUUCACUUGGUGUCUCCGAAGGUCAGCCUCAGCUCUGGCUCCCGUGUUGGGUCGGAUGGCUCGAGCCCGUCUGAACCUUCAUGGCUCCGCAGUCGCCGCCUCCGUCAACCGUUCGACUCUCGCUCGCAACCCAUCUGCCUCUCCGUUCGUCCCGCGAGGCUUUCUUUACUCAACGGGUACAGAGAAUUCGAGCUCCGACCAGACGCUUCUCCGGGUGAUUGACUCCGAGCUCAAGUCUGCUCUGGAAACCGAUGAUCACGACUUGGCUGAAGACACUCCGGAAGAAUUCCCUUUCGAAAUUGAAGAUAACCCUGGACACCAGACAGUAACAUUGACAAGAGAAUACAACGGGGAACAGAUAAAAGUUGUGGUAAACACACCCGGUCCUUUCACUGGCGAGAAUGGAGAAGACGAUAUGGAGGACGACGAUGAUGAAACACCUAGCCAGAGGUCGAGUGAAUUGAGCAUUCCAUUAGUUGUCACUGUCACCAAGAAGAGUGGACUGAGUCUAGAGUUUAGCUGCACUGCUUUACCGGAUGAGAUUGCCAUUGAUGCUCUAUCCGUGACUCAUCCCGAGAACUCUUCUGAGGAGCCAAUCUCAUACGAUGGACCUGAUUUCCAAGAUUUGGAUGAGAAUCUGAGGAAAUCAUUCCACAAGUUUCUGGAGAUUAGAGGGAUAAAGGCAAGCACUACAAAUUUCUUGCAUGAAUACAUGAUGAGGAAAGACAGCAGAGAGUAUUUGCUGUGGUUGAAGAACCUCAAGAAGUUCAUUGAAGAGUGAAAUGCUGCUUUCUGUUUGUGUUUUUGCGCUUUCACGUCCUCUGAAAUCAAUUGGUUUGUCAAUUAAAAUCAAUGGUCUGACAUAACCAAUGGUUUGGUUUAACUGCAGCCGGUUUGAACCGUUCCGGUUAGCCACAUAACCACUCUGAAAACUUUGGGUGACAAAUCUCAGAUUCGGGUCUUCAUGGUGCUUGAUG